AUGGCUCCUGUCACGAAAUCCUGCCUUGAAUGCCGACGUCGCAAGAUCAAAUGUGACCGCGGUUUGCCUUGUUCGUAUUGCGUCAAGGUAAUGAUCCGAUGUACUCACCCACCGAAGAAAGCCAACAGUAAGAAUCUGGCUACUCGAGUUGAAAACCUCGAGCAAACUAUUUCUACUUUAAAGUAUACUUUAUCUCAUACCAGCCAUUUUGUUCAGCAACAGUCAUCACUCCAAACGAGUGUAUCUCAAGGAGUAGAUACAGCAAAGCUGCGAGGUGUGCGUGAGCUACCAGAGGCGUCUACGCAGUUCCAGGGAUGCAAACUUGCUCCAGAAGAGCGCUUCAUACCAGAACUUCAGUCUCAGCAUCCAUCAUCUGAGGACAUAGUGUUCCUCUGGCAGACAUUUAUCGACCGAGUACAUCCUAUUCUGAAAAUAAUCCACGCACCAAGUGUUCAACGCCAAAUCACCGAUUUCCUGCAAGAUGGAAUUCAAUCUGCUAGCCUACCAGUCCACUGCUUGCUGCACGCCAUCUACUACGCGUCUGUGAUAACACUGUCUGUUGAAGAGUGUAAGAAUAUCUUUUAUCAAUAUAAGCAAGAUAUUUUGGAAAAGUACCGAAAGACAAUCCAAAAAUCUCUUGCCGAAGCAGAUUUCGAAACUUCAGCAGAUCUGAAUGUCCUUCAGGCAUUUGUCCUCUAUAUUGUGUGUGGUAGAUUUGAUGAGCAUGGCACUGAUGUUAAAAGGCUAACUAGCAUUGGGAUCACGAUGGUUUUAAACAAUGGCCUAAACAAUCAGGUUUUAAGCCAGAGCACACCGUUCGAAGCCGAGAUGCGGCGACGACUUUGGUGGCAGAUCUUCGUCCUUGACGUUCGGAUGGCAGAAGAUGCUAGAUCCGAACCCUGCAUUCUGGAAUCACAGUUCCGAAACAAAUUUCCGUCAAACUUUAAUGACACGAUUCUCGAUCCUCGUAUGAGUCAAGUACCAAAAGACCAUUCCGGCAAGACUGAGAUGUUGUUUAGUCUCAUUAGGCUCGAAAUCAGCUAUUUUUGCCGCCUGAUCCUUUUCUCUAAUCAGUUCUGCGAACGAAAUUUGUACCCGAUCAUGUGCAGUUCAGAAAAGUGCGGUGCUAUUGAUCGAUUCAAAGAGCGUAUAGAGCUAGAGUACCUUGCGAAUUGCGAUACUUCUAUUCCACUAGACUUUUUCACCGCAGAAUCUAGCCGCUUGAUCCUUGCCAACCUCAAGCUUACAGUUUGCAAACCACGAAGUAAAAAUGAAGAAUCUCAGCAAAUGUUCACUCAAGACGGUUUCCGUGGAAAUUGCGUGGAUAUUCUUGAGCGGGCUCGGGCGAUGCGGCUCCACGAGCAGAGCGAGCAAUGGCUAUGGCUUUUUCAGAGAUACGUUGAGUGGGGUCCCUUGGCGUAUUUACUCAUCAACCUUUCCCUUUCGCCGAAUAGUGAUGGAGUAGAUGUUGCCUGGAGGGUGGCUGAUGAUAUUUACCAAUAUUGGAGCGCUCAUAGCGGACCUCGAGAAUACCCUGGGUAUACGUAUCUCCAAGAGCUUUAUGCGCAGGCCUCACUUACAAGGAUAAUAAUGCCUUUGAGUACGGCCAGUAUGACUGGCUCGUUGCCAUAUGAGCAAAAUGCCCUCGAAGAGCCAUUAGGUUUCAUUAGUCAGACUGACGAAUCCCCUGAUAUGCCUGUACUAUGCUCUCAAACUAUACAGCAAGCGGGGCUAUCGGACCAAGGAAACGCUAAUAAUAUGAGCCGACUUAUGAACAUAUCCACGGUUAGAGAGAUUUUUGAAGCCCCCAGCAGCGGUACAGCCUAUCAGUGGAGCGCAGAACAACUGCUUAAUCUUUUUUUUGAAGGGUUGGACUUGGAGCAGAAUAUGGCUACAUGGCUUUAG